AUGAAGAAGAAAGGAAAUGAUGCAAAAAACAAAAGUUUGGAAGCGGAAGUGCAAGCAUUGAGUGAGAACUUCAGAAAACUGGAAGUGGAAAAUGGUGAAACAGAAAAAGGUGCAAAUGAAGUGAAAGAAAGUGAAACAGAAAAGGAUGCAAAUGUCGUGAAGUAUUGGACUCAAGCUGACAAGUAUAAUACUCCUCUUAAUGAGGAGGAACAUACUGCAGUUCAGAAAGCAUUUUCUUCAGCGAAUGAUGAGGUCCUGGUAACUGAUAAGCACUUAAACGUAGAAAUCACUGUUAAAGAUUUGCGGUGCCUUAAACCGCGUAGAUGGUUGGGCGAUGAGGUCAUAAAUGUCUACUUUCAGUUGCUGAAAGAGAGAGAGAGAAGAGAUCCCAAGUUUUUGAAAUGUCAUUUCUUUUCCACAUUUUUCUACAACAAGUUAAUCAAUGGGGGCUAUAACUCUGUUCGAAUAUGGACUAGUAAACGUAAUCUGGGAUACAGCCUCCUCGAUUGUGAUCAAAUAUUCAUCCCUAUCCACAAAGAAGAUCAUUGGUGCUUAGCGGUCAUCAAUAAGGUAGAACAGAAGUUCCAGUAUCUUGAUUCACUCAAAGGAGAGGACAACAAAGUGAUGGAAGUACUGCAGGCCAAAUACUAUGUUGAUGAACUGAAGGACAAGAGUGGGGAAGUAACUGAUGUGAGUUUUUGGAAACAUGAAUUUGUUAAAGACCUUCCCGAGCAAAAGAAUUUGGAUUUUAACAAGUUUGAUUGUGGCGUGUUUAUGAUCAAGUAUGCUGAUCAUUACAGCAGGGGCUCUGAGCUGUGUUUCAACCAGGAUGACAUCCCAUACUUUCGAUUGAAGACAGCCAAGGAGAUUCUACAAUUGAGAGCUGAAUGAUUCGACACUAGCAAGGAACAAUUGAGAAUGUAUUUCCUACAAUACUGGAGUCAGCUGGGUGUGCUGAUGAAAUUAUUUUACAUAUUCCUUCACCUGUGUUGUGGAUAAUGAAGGUGAAGGAAUAGAUGCAAAAAAAAAAAAAAAAAUUACAUUAACAUAAUGAUGUCCAUAUCUAGACCGUACGUGAAUGUACUAUUUGCGGUAAACUACAUUAGCUUAAUAGUACAAAAACCAGAAUAGAAAAAUAGU